UAACAGUGGAUAAUUCAUUGUCAACAACGUUACUUGCAUUACACUCUUCAUCUCUUCCUCGUACUUAAUCGGACUUACGAUAAAAGAAUAUUUAACUGAAUGAUUUAACCGUUGUUUAAAAAAUUGGAGAUUCUAUGUGCUUUCGUACAGAUCGACAGUUUUAUACUUGCCAAUAUCUGCUAAUCAAACAACAGUGCUGUACCUAGUUCAGUGAGAACACAUCAGAUCGAUAUGCUGUAUGCGAUCGUCUUAUCCGCGUUAGCCGGAGUUUUAGCUAUUUAUUACGUCUUCUUCAAGAACCCGAACGAGUUCAAGAAUCAGGGGAUACCAUAUGUGCGACAUUCGCCAUUGGUGGGCAACAUGGGACAAAUAAUCUUCGGCCAGAAAUCAAUACCCGGAUUCUUAAAAUCGGUAUACAGUGAGCACCCCGAGACCAAAUACAUUGGUAUGUACGACUUCCUCACGCCAGUGAUAAUGUUGCGCGACCCUGAGCUCAUCAAGUCCAUUGCCAUCACACAUUUUGACAUGUUCACGGAUCAUCGUACCUACGGGCAGAAUAAUAUGCUCCUUUUGUUUCUUCGUGGCGACAAGUGGCGGCAGAUGAGGUCUAUAGCAUCUCCGGCCUUCACGUCUAGUAAGAUGAAAUACAUGUAUAACCUAAUAUCCGACUACGCUGUUAGUUUCACCAAUUUUCUGAUACAAUUGCCACCGGAGAAGAGGGUAAUAGAGAUGAAAGACAUUUUCAUACGCUUCAGCACCGACGUGAUUGCCACUUGCGCCUACGGCAUCAGUGUUGACUCUAUGCGAAACCCAGAGAAUCUUUUCUACAUGACAGCAAGAAAUUUAAAUAUUUCAGAGUUUUUCAGCGUAUUGAACAACGCUAUAAAUCAACCAAAGACGACAUGGCUGGUAAGGGUAUUCAAGCUACAAACCGUCAACGAGAAGAUCAUGAAAUUCUUUAGGAACAUCGUGGAGACCACCAUCAGGACCAGAAUCCAGAAGGACAUAGCCCGGCCGGAUAUGUUGCAACUGAUGAUGGAAUGCAGGGACAAGGAAGAAGGCAAUAGCAAGAAAAUAACAAUCGAGGAAAUGGCUGCCCUAGCUUUUAGUUUCUUCUUUGCUGGCUACGAAACUGUUUCGUCGUUAAUGUCUUUCGUCACGCACGAGAUCGCGCGAAAUGAGAACAUACAGAAAAGAUUGCAGAAUGAGAUUGAUCAGCUGCUGGAAGACACGAACGGCCAACCUUCGUAUGUAACAAUCAACAACAUGGAAUAUUUGGAUGCUGUACUGAAAGAAGCUCUCAGAGUAUAUCCUGUCGCUAUGGUGUAUGACAGAAUAUGCGUGAGAGAUUUCGAGUUGCCGCCGGCGUUAACUGGGGCAAAACCCUACGUAGUGAAGAAAGGGGAUCUCUUAUGGAUACCGGUUUAUGCACUCCAUCAUGACAUCAAGUAUUUCAAGGAACCAGAAAAAUUCAAUCCUGACCGGUUCAUUGGCGAUGAGAAGAAACAUAUCGACAAAACGGGGGCUUUUUUGCCGUUUGGUUUAGGUCCCAGGAUGUGCAUUGGUUAUCGAUUCGCCCUGCUGGCGAUGAAAUUGUUAUUGUUCCACCUACUGGCACGGUGUGACCUUCUGCCUUCUGACAAAACUCAGAUUCCGCUGAAGUUUGCCAAGUACAAUUUUAUUUUGACUGUUGAGGGUGGGAUAUGGCUAAAAAUUGAGCCGCGGAAGGAUCCACAUCGCACUAUUGUUAAUGAUACAAGUGGCAGUAAAGAUCUGUAAGAAUUUUCGUUGGUUCGAGAACUUUAAGGAUUCGUAUGUGGAUGGUACGCACGUAGGAAGCAUUAUCUAUGAAUGUGAAAUGAUAUUCACGUAUACUAGUUAUGUAUAAAAAUUAAGAAAGAAUAUUAAAAGUAUGAAAGGCUUGAUAAUAAAGAUAAGAGUGUCUUCUAAACCGUCAUUCUUCGGACUCAUUGAUAUCAGAAAUUCAUUGAUUUCAUCAAAAUUCUUUUUGAACUAUGUUGACUUCAUGGCUUUAGGAGAUGCAGUGCGUUACUAAGUAGGAAGAAUGGUUUUAUUACAACGAUAUUAGAGGGUCAUCGAGGAAGAAAACAAGUUGGAUCACCAAUUUUUAACUACAGAUGAGAGUCAAAUAUAGAGCCAAAACGUUUAUAUUUUUUAUAUACUAGACAGGUUUUUGUAGAAAUAAAUUAUUGUAAUAUUAAUAUCACAUUUACAUCGUGUGCGGGCUCAAAUUGGCCAUUUUAAAUAUUCAAAAUAAAUUUUAUUAAAUCAUUAUUAAUUUCUCUAUUACUAGUAGAGAUACUAGUAGAGAUACUAUAGAAAUACUAGCAGAUAGACUAGUAUAUUUAAACAGAUAGAUACUAGUACGAUAAGCUAAUAAUAGAGAGGCUAAUAAUAGGAGAGUAUUAUUAAUGAGGAGAGUUGUACUACUGCUAACUUCCCGUUCGUUUUAGUUGAUCUCAUCGGUUUUUUUAAUUUAAAUGGUUUAAAUGGUUAAAUGGCGAUUUUAUACGACAUAUAUAACUAUAUUUUUCGCAUCACUUCAUGAUCCUAUCUUGGAAAUGAUGUAGCUAUAUCAACUUUUAAUUCUAUCUGAAUAUAUAUCUUUCAUAUCAUUCAGUCCAAUCCGGAUCGUAUACAUUUCGCGUUGGAAAUACUUCUUCUUAAAAAUAGACAUCUUCUAUUAUCUUCUAUUGUUAAAGGAACACAAAGAAAGAGAGACGACACAAGAAAGAACUGAAAAAGAGUUGAGCAGUCUUUUUUUAUUUACGACUCUCGAUCGUAAAAGCACAAGAAUGUCAGACCAGUGAGUCAGUGAGUUUUCGAUCGCAACUAUCCUGUUUUGUUUCCUUUUUAAAUGGAUUGUUGUGAAACCUGUUUGGAACCGUCGAGAUAAUCGGUAGCAAUUCUCUUGGCUUCACGGCGGUUACGGCGCGUGGCUCUUUCGCUCGUUUGCUCCCGAUUUUUUUCGCUCUCUAGCAAGAUGCCAGGAGUUUUCGCACGUUAUAAAUAUCCAUAGCGUUAUAAGGAGAGAAAGAAUGCAAAAUAACGAUUUGUAAAUGGUUUCAUGUAGGUCAUACGUAUAAGUAUCACGAGGUUUGGGGUCGAGGUUUAAAAAUACGGCUUAUGUAAUGAGAUAAGGAAGCCUAUAAUUCUAUGUACAAUAUUCAAUAUUGAAUUAAAUAGAUGUUAUAAAACCUAUUCAUGCUAUCUACUUAAUUACACGGAAAAAUUCUGAAGCUAUUGAUGAUAACUAACGACAGCGAGCAACGGCAGGUUCUUCAGUUAAUAUUUUCCUUUGACCUUCGGAUUGGCUAUUAUUGGCCACCUUGUUGCUACUAACAUGUUGCGAGAGAUAUCGAUAUCAUAGGAAACAAAAGAUUUUUCAAAAAUUUCCAAACUGCUCAUCCUUCAUUUUCAUACGUGCGUGCCCGGUAUAUUUUCGUCGACACAUUUCGUUUUGAUGUUUUAACGUUUUGGUGGAAGUUGUGCAAUGAUAAUUACCAUAUACAAGCGAACUGUCCGUGUAACGGACUGAUAUGCACGAUUUGGUACUGCGAGAUAAGGAUUGUUUCUUUCUAAUCGUCAUUCAAGGUAGAUACGCGACAUUGUUGCAACGGCCAUCAUAUGUUUAUUAUUCGUCACCCCUAUAGAUAAGCAGCAUUAACUUAAUUAUUCAUGCAUCUGAUUAUUUAUUUAUCCAAAUUUAUGCACGUUAACUUUAUCAGCAUAUUAUUUUAGUCCCGACGCGGAAAGUUUUGCGCGUGCAGCAGCAUAUUACAUCCAAAAGAAAAGUAAUUUCAGAACAAGCGGAAUCAUUUAAAUUUUAGAGGAUUUUAUUCUUAUAUACAGCUUCAAGAAGAUUUCUCUAAGAUUAAGAAGAAAAUAUUAUAAACACAUUAUUCCUAAAGUUAGAGAGAUUAUAUACGAGGGUUGUCCCAAAAGUAAUGCACAGCACGCUCUAGCGGGCGUUGUAGGCAACGUAGACAGGUGAUCGAAGCGUUAGUGUGUAGAUUGAAGUCUCAAGAGCACGUUGGUAUCAUAUGGUAGUGGGAUUCGUUUAAAGGGAAAAUGCCAAAAAUUCGGAAAGACAACGAGAACAGUCCGUCUGGUCGGAUUUCAGCAACAGAGCAACGUGCGUAUAUUCGCAUCGAAACAGUGCGCGGUAAAAAAGUGCCCGAAAUUCAUGCCGCGUUAAAAGAAGCGUGUGGAAGGUUUACUGUGAAUCGUAGCAGAGUACCGAGGUGGCACAUGAAGUUUCGUGAAGGUCAAACAAGCAUCGAAGACGAUCCGCGCGCGGGGCGGCCGUCUACUGUAACAGCUGACAACACAAACGCUUCAAUCAUUGCAACGUUGCUCGACGAAGACCGGAAUCACAGUAAAAAUUUUCUUCAGAAUGUCUUGUGCCCAAAAGUCCGUAAACUGCGUCCAGAAAUGUUGCAAAGUGAUGAAAGAACCUCUUCGGGGGGUGCGUUUUCCGACGCUGGAAGUGCUCCGAAGAGAAGUGACCCGACAGAUUCGGAUGCUCAAUAAGAACGGGACGCUGAACGGAAUUCAAGCACUUCCGCGCCGCUGGCAAGCGUGCAUUGAUAAAGGAGGAGAUUAUAUUGAAGGCCUGUAAUCACUUGUAUCUUCUUCAAUAAAUAUUUCUUGAGUUAGA